GCGUUCGCCCGUGACAUUUGUCGAAAACCCGCGCGACCUCGGCCAGGCUUUUCAUACGAAAAACGGGAUCACCCGACCACGCGAAACCGGUGACUUUCUCGGUUGAAUCGUUUGGAAACGUUAUUUCUCGUGCGGUCGUACCGAAAGGCCCUGAUGCAAGAGGCGAAACGAUUCAACGUGCACUGACGUACUCCGAUGGAGAGGACUGCCGUUACGCGGAGCAAGAGGGGGAGAAAAAGGAGUAGAAGGGGGCUAGAGUGACACGCGGUUGCUGGGAAGACGGCACCGAGAGAGGAGGCAAUUGAAGUACGCGUGUGCGAAAAGUGCCGAGGCGCGCGGACCAAAGCACACCACGAGUUGGCUAGUUGUGUUGUGCUUCACGCGGGACUAAAUUCGCGAUCUCCUUGCUCGUCGCGUGGAUUACUCGACGGUGUACGCGUACUGGACAUUUGCGAGCGUUUAAAUCCCGCCUUUUAACCAAAGUCGAUCUGUUCCGUCUGUCGCGGAAACAAAAGAACUGACGCGAGUAUACGUUUGUUUUGCGAAAGGGAACGUAACUCACGCGGACCAUAAAUAAACAGCGUAGGGAAAGAAGGGUCUUUACUUACCUGAAACAGUGACAGUGGUGGAAAGAUACGUUGCUUCUAGAGCCUGUGACUACUUUCUGUUUUGUAUAAUUGUGUUAAUUGUGCACGCAACGAAAACGGACAGAAACGCGAACGCGCCUAAUUGUUUGGUCGCGAGCGCGAGCGCGCGCGCGCGCGCGCGCGUGGUCCUUCUCGCGCGUAAAUGCACCACGAGGUUGCGACUCGUCGCGUGGCAGUAGUGUGUAUCCGCCCGCAAGACGUAACGCGAUAAUUUCCCUGAAGAGACUGUGCGACUCGAGGUACGUGGAGAACAGCGUUACAGUGUAUUAGAGUGUUUUCUCGGGAGAAUUGUGGUUUCAUGGCCCGAUUAACGGUAACGUGUGUUCGCUGAUUGUCGGAAUGAACUCUGCAAUUGCAUCGAACAACUUGACGAGGGAGAACGUCUUACGCCAGUAACGAAAGCGGAUUUCGAACCCGAAGGGCGGAACGAUGCCGAGUAUCGGUCCUGUGUAUUGUGAGAAGACACGUGACGCAUUUUUCUUCGACAAGCACAUGCUGGAAGGAUAAAGGACAACCUAUCGAGGACCUGUCUACCCAAGCACUUUCUUGAAAUUUCUCUCGACGAUGAAAAGGCCCUCGAACGGGGCCGCUCGUGCGCUGUGAGGAGUGCGCUGAGAGAAGAAUCGUUCGGCUUGGAACGAUCGAUCGCUGGCGAAGUAUAUUUGAACCGUGCUCGCAAACCACCGAUAGUAAAGCAUGGAAAACGGGGACGAGGUCCUUUCCACCCAGGUGAAAACGAACGCGUCCUCGUCCUCGAGUACGACACAGAGCCCGCGCACACCGCCGAAUUGCGCGCGAUGCCGCAACCACGGAUUAAAAAUUCCCCUCAAGGGUCACAAAAGGUACUGUAAACAUCGUUACUGCAAGUGCGAGAAGUGUCAUCUCACCGCGGAAAGACAACGAGUGAUGGCGAGGCAAACCGCGAUGAGGAGAGCCCUGGCGCAGGACGAGGUGAAAGUCAGGGCGGCGGAAGAGCAGGUGGAUCCACCGCCAUUCGGGUUCGAAGCUGGUCGACUUUCCGCGGUCCCUCAGCCGGCUAGAAGUCUCGAGGGUAGCUACGACAGUAGCAGCGGGGACUCGCCUAUUAGUAAUCAUGGCAGCAACGGUGUACACUCUGGCCUCGGUGGUGUCAUCAGUAUUCCUACCUCCAGAAAAUUACCCUCGUUGCACCCUCAUACUGGAACCACGACCCACUUGCCGCAGUCGCAGUCCGGUGAGUGAUCCAACGUUUCUGUAUUUCAUCUUUGAAGUAUUGAAUAUAUAUAUAUAGAGAGAGAGAGAGAUGAUUAGGUACCUUUUAACUAAAUUUCUUAAAUAGAUGGUUAAGUAAUUCCCUUUAUAAUAUAAAUUAUCUAACGGUAUAUAAAAUUAAUAAGAAGGAAUAGCCAAAAAAUGAUCGUCAAUAAUGUUACAAUUUUUACAUUACGUAUAAUAUAUGUAUAUUUUCUAUAUUAUUGUACUUAAUGCAUAAAAUCCGCAGACUAGUUAUAACAAAUAUUUUUGUUUAUUGUACGUGUUUAAACGUACUAUCCAAUGAUGUAUUAUUCAAACUCAAAGUAUCCUUAAACCUGUUUUUCUGAGAAACGAGAAAUGAACGCGUGACAUGUGCGAUGUAAGUCAUCGAUAUAUAGAGCGACAUACUCGUUCUGUGCGUGACAUACACUCGGUACAAACAUCGCGGUAUUAAAUGUUAAAUGUCGUUUCAUAUAUUUUUCAACACUACCUGCCCAUGUGUCUCUAGAAUUGAUCUUUGAAACUGGUUAAAUGAUUUGACAUGAAACCUGUAAUUGCAGUUAUAAUUUCAAUUAUUGUUGUUUCCAGUUUCCAAUUAUAUGUCUCGAGGGAAUAAACAUAAACAGUUGCGAAAGAAUUGCGUACACAAGUUUUACCAAUUUAGAAUUUCAUGCAUUUCAUAAAUUUAUAACAGAUCAGACGCGAAAAUCGUUAGAAUGUAGAAAGUACAUUUCGUACAUUUUACAAGUUUAUAAUCAAUGAACGAAACAGUCGUAAUAAUUUGAAUAUUUCUGCAUUUCGUGAGUUUAGUUAGCACAAAUAUAUAAAAAGUUGUAUAAAUUUAAAUAUUCAUUUAAUUACCAGGGGAAUUUGAAAUACCAUUCAUUUAAAACAAAAAAAAAUACGAAAUCAUUUACUCCUACUUAAUGCUGAAACGUGAAUAUCCCGAUGUGUGACCGACCUUGCUAUUGUUUGUGAAACGCGCUAUCAGACAUUAAAUCGUAAGGCAAAGGGUUAAUAUGCAUGUUUAUUAUAUGCGGUGCACCUGCUUGUUGGUGAAUAUACAUGUAAUGUAUAUGUAUGUACACGUUCAAAACCGGGACAGCCAACCUGUUGCUUGCUCCGAUUUCUAGUCACCCCUCUGUUUCACCUACAAAACCCACCCUCCACGCUGCGGACGAAAUCUCAUCUUCCUUUCUUUUUUACGUAGUUAUUUAUUUUAUCCCCAAUGAAUUCGCAGGAAUCUCUUUUUCGUCACGUAUGUACGAUGUAAGAGUUAUUCGAAAUGUUUUGAGAUCAUAAUGACGAACGACAAAUGCAGUAGUAAAUAAAUUAGUAUUUUGUUUUUAAAAACCAAGAUUCUGUAACCCCAUUUGGAAAAUACUUUAUUAAUUUUUCCGAUUAGUCCUACCUUUACAACACGUGAACGUAACAAGUUGUGCGUGGCUGUCUUUACAGGAAAGAAUCACGAGAUUUAAUUACAGAUCCUGUGCGGCAAAGCUUAUUAUGAUUUCGUUAAACAAGUGUUUUCGAAUGAACCAUUAACUAGUUGUGUAAUUUAUAUACAUAUAAGUGAAAGCUGCCACUUACCAACGAUAUCUCCAAUCCGUGUGUACGCAUUUAGUUUUCUCGCUGUUUUCGUAGCGAUUUUAUAACGGUAUCAUAAUGUUUGAACCAUAAAAAAAAAAAACAAAUAAUCAAACGUUUUCGAAUCAUAUUUUAUUGUAUUUACCAUUUCGAACUAGAAACGAAACUUUUUCGACGACUUCGAAACGCGUCCGAUGAUCAAAUUGCCGCUAAUUGUACCUUGGCGCUCAUUAAUCAUCUUACUGCUACUCGUGUUGUACGUGUUAAUUAUGCGAGGUGUUUGAAAUCAUCUAUCAAAAUUUAUGCUGAACUCUGCGAAAAGAAGGUAGCUGAUCGAUUAGACAAAGGCAUUAUUUUAAACUAAAUUUUCGCACGAUACAUCUGUAAAAUUUAUUCGUUUGUUGUCUUGGCUGUCUUUUGACAUAAAAGUUCAAAUUUACGGUUAUUUAUGGUUGGCGUUCACCUUCCUACAUUGUUCCGAGCUUCGAUACUCAUUUCCAUUAUGGGAACAGCUCGCUAGGAGUUUAUAUUUUUACUUUGAAUAUAGAUUCCAUCAUAUAAAAUCUGUUUUAUGCGACAGAGUCACCAAUAAUACAUCACUGUUGAACCAAUUAUGCAUUCCUCGAGCUGUGCGCGAUUCUCAUUCGUUAGAUUUAUUUAUGGCCACGCUGCACAGACUCAACCGAGUCAAGCACGUCCAGUCAACUAUAACAAUUAUAAAAAUCAGUUUUUACCAUAUAAGCAGACCUCCCUUCUCGCUGGAUCUAAAUACAAAGGGCGGUAUUCAGUGGACUCCAUCAGAAGAUACUAUUAUUUAUCCGCUCGGGUUUGCUUAUACGAGAAGUUAUAUCAUCUGCAAUUACCGUACAAAAUGUUAUUUUACGAGGACCGAUUAAUGAACGAUCAUUAUUCUUCUGAGAAGGGGGGGGGGGGGACAAUCGAAGCACUGUCGUCCAGUUUCUCUAAUCUAAUGGUCGAUACUCGUUUCAAUCGACAUUAUGGCAACUGCUCGUUAGAAGUUGAAGUUUUUACUUUGAAUACAGAUUUAUCAUCGUGAUUAUUCCUUAGUUUUGUAUUAUUUACUAUCAAGUGUUUUCCAGGAGGGUCUUUAAGAUUUUUGCUUUUUGUCAUCUUUCACGUUUAAUAAUCGAAAUCAUUCUUUUUCUUUUUAAAUUAUUUUAUUUCAGUUUGA